AUUCUCUAUCUCCCACAAAUUCCAUAAAAAUCACUCAACUCUUCAUCUCUGUCUUCCUCUCCAUAACUUCGAGGCCUUGCUAUUAUUUUUUGUGUUUAGUCCUCCAUGGCCAUGGCAACUCAAGCUUCCCUCUUCACCCCGGCCCUUGCCACCCCGAAGUCUGGUGCCGACCGCGUGGUCGCACCCUGGAAGCAAUCGGCGCCCACCCUGGCCUUCGCCGCCACUCCCAAGGCCGCUGCCAAGUCCACGCCAAGGACCGCCAUCAGGGCGGCGGCCGCGGAGGGCAAGGCUGAGGCCCCGGCCAAGGCGGCACCCGUCGGGUUCACGCCGCCCGAGUUGGACCCCAACACCCCAUCCCCGAUCUUCGGCGGCAGCACUGGCGGGCUACUGCGCAAGGCUCAGGUCGAAGAGUUCUACGUGAUCACCUGGGACUCGCCGAAGGAGCAGAUCUUCGAGAUGCCGACCGGAGGGGCGGCGAUCAUGAGGCAAGGCCCGAACUUGCUCAAGCUAGCUAGGAAGGAGCAGUGCUUGGCGCUCGGAACCCGACUGAGGUCGAAGUACAAGAUCAAUUACCAAUUCUACCGGGUCUUCCCUAAUGGUGAAGUCCAGUACUUGCACCCCAAGGACGGUGUCUACCCAGAGAAGGUGAACCCGGGCCGUCAAGGGGUCGGCGUGAACUUCAGGUCAAUCGGGAAGAACGUGAGCCCCAUCGAGGUCAAGUUCACCGGAAAGCAACCAUAUGAUUUGUGAGGCGGAGAAAUAAUUUACUCGGGUUCUGUGUACUUUGCUUCUUGAUGUAUUUAUCUGUCAUUAAUGUGAGCACUGUAUUAAAUGUUUGUUAGCAGUUGUUAAUUAUACAUUUUCACUGUUGAAAAAUCAAAAUACUGCAUGCUUAGUGA